GAGUGGCGCGAAACAAAACGCUUUUCCGUAAAUUCCGUUGUUCCGUUGCGUAGCAAAUCUGGCUAGAAAAUGAAUCCUGUUAUCGAACUAUCGAACGUUUCCUGGAUGCCUCCUGCACCAUCCACCCACGAGCGUGCACGAAGCUUGGAAAAGAUCAUCUUCCGGUACGGCGCACCGAAACCCGGUGAGUUGGUAGAAAUCUCCGGCGCCUCCAACACUGGAAAAUCGUUACUGCUACUGGAGCUUAUCGCUCACAUCAUCCUGCCGACCAACUGUGGGGGGACCGGGCAGGAAGUCGUACUGAUUGAUUGCGAAAAUUCCUACGAUUCAUCGCUAAUGCUGGACGUGAUGGAGAAAGGAAUCCAGAAGGAUGCGGAACCAGAGGUAGCCGCCACUCUCGAUGUGCAGCAGCUCAAACGGAUCCAGGAGGAGGCCCUGCAACGGCUACACCGGUUUGCGUGCCACACGCUGGAAAUAUAUGACUUCUGCCUGAGGGCCCUCAAAUAUCGUCUAUUCAUAAGACAUCCCUCCAUUCGGUAUGUGCUGGUCGACUCGAUUGCCUCGUUCUACUGGACCACCACCAAAUGCUACAAGAAACGUGCGUUGCUUAUGGAACGCUGUGAAACCCUCCGACGGAUGGCCCAGCUAUAUAAAAGGGUCAUCGUUUACACGAAACCAUCGUCCUUUGGGUUGGCUGAAUUCAAGAAAACAAUUCAACCUCAGCCGACGAGCGCAGAGGACCGCAUAACGCAAACAUUUGCUACGACGACACAGCACAUCACUGGCGGCAAAACUCCAGGGAUCAUCGACGUCGCGUAUCGCAUAGAAUUAUCGGCAAUUGACCCGCCACCGGGUGCCGAGAACGAUAUAGUAGGUAACCCUCAAUGGUUCAAUGCGUCCAUUACAGCCAGGGGGAAGAACCAGUUCCGACAAUACUAUCUGAUCUAUGACUUGGGAUUCGACUGGAUCAGUGAGGUUGAAUAA